GUUCGCUCUUGACAUGGAGCGACAUCUUGUGGUCAUCCUCCGGUAUUACAGCCAGACGCUCAUCUCUUCCGUGUCCUGCUCCCUCUUCUUUCAGCGGGACAAAGACCUUUAGUCGCGCUUUUUGCCCCUUUUCAGGCUUUCUUUUCUAAUCAGCUCCAGCUAUCAGAUAACAUGUUGAGAUAGGAGGAGGCUGCUCGGCAGUGUCAGGCCGAUAUGACAUCAAAUAAAACUUAAUUUGAAAAUAAAAUAAUCGUCCAACUUUUAUUGAUUAAUACAUCAAAUCAGCAAAAGCAAAGUUAAACACAGAACGAGGUGAAAAUAGAGUACAUUUCUCAGCAGCAGGGUCACUAUGAUCAGUAUGCUUGAUUUUUGGGUAUAAAAUAAACAGCCUCUGUUCUUACUGUUGCUGCUUCCUUUUGAUAACUUGAAUCCAUCUUACGUCUGCGCUUGGUGUGCGUAAAGUGCGUACCUUCACGCAAGACACAACUUGAUGCAAUCCGCCAAAAGAUUGCUUCAGACGCCAAGAAAACGAAAGCACAUGACGAUGGUCACAUCCAUUAAACUCCUGCGGCUAAAACCAGGCUGAAUGCAAAGGACAACCGCACCAUGACCUCUGUUCCUGAAAAUGCCGCUGCCAUCAUGCGGUGGAGAUGCUCAUACUGAAACUUAAAGGAAGCGAUCUGGUGCAGGCGAGUCAAACUCAUCUUGUGCUCACUUGGAGCAACGUGCUUGACAGCCUGAAGUGCAGUAAAUACUGGUGCUGUGUGUGAACGACACAAACAAAGGUGAAGGUCAACAAGCCGCAGCAGCCAGAGGAGAGCACAGGUGAGAUCAGUUUCUUUCAGUUUAAACUUUCAGGUUCACAGCGUCUUUUGAAUCAUCAUGGCUCCACAUCCCACGAUACAGGCGAUCAUCGACACCUCAGCUGGAUCAAUCGGUGGCACGGCUUGUGUGCUGAGCGGUCAGCCGUUUGACACCACGAAGGUGAAGAUGCAGACGUUCCCCAAACUGUACCGCGGCUUCUUCCACUGCUUCAUGUCCACCUACAGGGAGGGGGGGCUGCGUGGGUUCUACAAAGGCACGACCCCGGCCAUCGUGGCCAACGUCAGCGAGAACGCCGUGCUCUUCUUGAGCUAUGGUCUCUGUCAGGAUGUGGUCCGCUACGUGUCCAAGAUGGAUAAAGGGGCCCAACUCAGUGACAUUCAGAAGGCAUCCGCAGGGUCUUUAGCCUCCAUCUUCUCCGCCAUGGUGACGUGCCCCACCGAGCUGGUGAAAUGUCAGCUGCAGGCCAUGCACGAAAUGGAGGCGAGCGGCAAGAUCGUGACCGGGCAGAGAAGCACACCGUGGACGGUCAUGAAGACUGUGUUGAAAACAAGUGGUCCCCUGGGUUUCUACCAAGGACUGACUUCCACCAUCGUGCGGGAGAUGCCGGGUUACUUCUGCUUUUUUGGCGCCUAUGAACUGUGUCGCUCUAAAUUUGCACAGUACAUGGGCACGGACAAGGACGGCAUAGGUGUCCUCCCACUCAUGUUCAGUGGUGGAUUCGGAGGAGCUUGUCUGUGGCUGGUGGUCUUUCCCAUAGACUGUACGAAGUCCAGGAUCCAGGUGCACGCUUUAACUGGGAAGCAAGCGGGCUUCAUAAAGACCUUCACGGGUAUCAUACGCACUGAGGGGUUCACCGCUCUGUACUCUGGCCUCACUCCUACCUUGAUACGCACCUUCCCUGCCAACGGAGCCCUCUUCCUGGCUUAUGAGCUCAGUCGCAAGUUUAUGAUGGAGGCAGUUGGUGCCUGAUGUGGAGGGUUGUUAGGUAUUCUGCUGAAGCCCCGCCAUGUCUUGUAGUAUUUUUAAAAUGAAAUGACCAAAUGUUUUAUUGUGUCUCGAUGUAAAAUAUACAAAUACUGGCGUUUUGGUUAUGGCUAUAUAUUUUAAUAUAUUGUGAACAAACAGUGAUUAAGAAAUAAAGUAUGAAUCUCCACAUCCAUAA